AUGUCCUACAAGCGAUCUCGGGCGACAUUCGAGGCCGACCUCCAUGCGCCGUAUGCCAUCUUCGGCACCCCUUUGCCAGAAGACGGCGAGCGCGACGAUGGAUCAUAUCUUCCCUUGUGGAAACAGGAGGUGAGGGAUGAAAAGGGCAGGCGGAGAUUACAUGGAGCCUUUACAGGCGGCUGGAGCGCAGGCUAUUUCAACACCGUGGGAUCCAAAGAAGGAUGGACACCGGCCACCUUUGUAUCGAGUCGCACGAACCGCCGCAAAGAUGAACCUGCCAGCCUUCAUCAGCGCGCUGAGGAGUAUAUGGACGAGGAGGAUCUGGCGGAUGCUGCGGAAGCACAGACGCUCAAGACUACUCAGGCAUUUGCCGGCCUGGGAUCGUCCACCCAAGAUGAGCUCCGCGCCGGGGGGCUGAUGGGCCUAUUUAGAGCCGACGGAGAUACAAUGGGCCUGAAGCUGUUGCGGAGAAUGGGCUGGAAAGAUGGCCAGGGUAUUGGACCCAAGGUUCGACGAGGAGCACGCCUGGACAUGGGCGCAAAGUCUAACUUGACCGAUGGCGAAACUCACUUCUUUGCACCCGACAAUGUCGAGGUAAUGCGAUUUAUCCACAAGACCGAUCGCAAAGGCCUGGGGCAUAGUGGACAAGAAAAGCUUUCGUCGCUGCGCAAUGAAAGCAAAGCGGACAGCGACGAAGAGGGCGAAGGUCGGGACGGCGUGCUGUCGAUAUUAUCUCGAGGAGGUACCAAGAAGAAACCGCAGCGUGGCGGCAUUGGUAUUGGCAUCCUCAACGACACAGGAUCUGAUGACGAAGACCCUUACGAAAUCGGGCCCAAGAUCAGGUAUAACCGCGUUGUUGGAGGCGACAAGAAGAAGAAGGGAAAGAAGUUAUCAGCGACAGCAAAUCCGUCGCUGAAAAAUGCUCCAGUAUUUAUACCAAAAACUUCUAGGGUCGGUAGUAGCUUGCGGAGAUGUCAGGAUGGACGACUUCCACUCGAUGGCUUUGUCCUGGCCAUGGCCAUGGAGGAUUUAACAAUUGCGCUGUCCAGAUAUGCACCUCCGCCAGUCCCAGCUGACUGGAAAUCGUCCAAGUCUACCACUAGUACCGACAGCAAAGCCGCUGCGUAUGUGUCAGCCGCUGAGGCUGCCAAGUCGUCAACUCUCGAUGCGAAAUCUCGAGCCGCUAUCCUUGGAGAAAAGGCCCUCCCUGGGAAAUCCGUUUUUGAUUACAUAUCAGCCGCUUCCAGAGAGAGGCUUGCUACGGCGUCAGGAAGAGCAGACUUACCCCCUGGCCUAGGCGAAGUGCCAGAAGGAUAUGCGGUGUCGGAAGAAGAAAAGCAGACAAUGCUCUGGGAGCAAGUUCCCAAGCUUGACCGGGACACGGCAAUCGCAGCGAUUGCACGGGGUUUACGAGGGCCAUAUGCAGACAACGAGGCCAAAAGAGUUCGCUACAAACGGUACUUGGAGCAUCAUACGAAUCCUAAAUUGUCGCUCCCGGAGAGGACCAGCGGCAUGUCAGAUGACGAAUUUCUUCAGGAAAUGACUGAAUUCUACAACUGCGCGAGGAUAUUCAAGCCAAUGACUGGUUUCAUGGCAUCAAGAUUCACAACGGCCAAGGCGCCGCAUAUUAUUGGGGCUGACCCAACACAAGAGAAGGAACUGAUCUCUGUGCCCGAGCCAAAGACCUUGGACCCGGCAGAAGAGGCUGCUAAGAUGGGAAUGUUUGGAAAUCUGACGAGGUCGGUCGAAGACUUUUACCCUACGCGACUACUCUGUAAGCGGUUCAACGUCAAGCCGCCUGCGCACUCUCGACGAGACGAUGAGCCUGAUGCCAGCAACGCACCUCCGGGCCCCAGCGCGCGACCAUCUUACGGCAGUCCAAUGGAAGACGUACAGAUGCCCUUGCUAUCUGCGUCUCGGACCCAAGAUGAAUCUCCUGCAGCUGGUGAAGCAACGGCGGCGGCUUUGCGGGGGCCUCCGGUGGUAGAAGGCCAGGUCAACCCUGAGCGGAACGAGGCUGUUGAAGGGAAGAGCGCCAAUGCCGAAGUGUUGCGAGCAAUCUUUGGCGACAUUGAACGAGCAUCUUCCCUUCAUGUUGAUGUUGAGCCAUCUGUUCUCGUUUACUGGCAGUUCGGCAAGCGCUCGUGGUCGUUUUCCAAGGUCACUCGACCCCCAUCACCGCUCCCUCGCCAACCCGAGCUCCUGAGCCGCGAACCGCAAUCCGCCACAUUGUCUGAGACGCACGAGCCUGGAACCGGACCGUCAGAGUCCCUGGAGUUGACAGAGGCCAAGGUGCAUCACCGCCGCGAGCACGCAGCCACCGCCGCCGCCGAUCCCCAGCAGCUGGGCCGUGAGCUCGAUCGCGACGACAGCGACGACAACGACAUCGCCGCCGCUCAAGGCAUCCCUGGCGCCGUCCACGAGGCCGAGCAGUCCCCGCCGCCGCAGUAUCCCGUCUCGGAAGCCUCUUCCUCGCGCCCUCCGCCUUUCUCGUCGCUCUUCUCGUCGGUUGAAGACCGUCCCGGUGGUGGCAAGUUCCCUGCUGUUCUCGUCGCCGAAGGAAGCGCCGCUGCCAGAUCAAUCGCCGCGCCCGCCUACGGCUCCGACUCCCGUGCCCCGGAGCGUUUCGAUACCGAUCAGCCUGCUACUACUGCCGCGCGCGCCUUUCAAGACCCUGUCGCCGAGACCAAGCGUGCGCUCCCCAGAGACACCAAGGGAGAAUCGAGCCGCAAAGACGACGACGCCGAACCACCGCCUGCGUACUCGGAAGGGGAUAGUCCUCUCUUUGCAUUCUCAUUCGUAAUGGCGGCUGCCGGAGGAGCGUCGAGUAUUAUUACUCAGGUGCAACAGGGUGGUCCACCCGUUAAUGCUAUCGGAGAUGUUGGCGCCGAUGAGACAAUCACGAUGGACCUUAGGGGUACCAGAUUUGUCCUUUCGCGUGACGAACUACUCACUCUACCUGAAUUUGUUCUGUUAUCUCUCUUCCCCAAUGGGCUCUUCCCGGAAGGCCAUAUGAGCGGGUUUCCCGACAGCGAUGCUGUGCAAGUUGAUUAUGAUCCUGCUUCGUUGCAAUACAUGCUGGACUUUUUCCGCAAUGUUGCUCAGUCAAUCCCCACCGAAUCAUCGCCCGGCGCUUCGCAGGAUGGCGAGAUUGUUCCCUUGGAUCCGAUGGGGGCGCGAGACGAUGGCUCAAAACGAGCUGGCAUCAUUGUGCUGAGAGAGGAUCUUGACUUUUAUGCAAUCCCGCCCAAGUCGGACAUCAGCCAGCCCGAUAUGAUCGAGGUCAAGCGGGCUGCGGCACGUGCGCUGCUGAAGCAGGACGGCAUCUUUUCCGGACUGAAGCGCAGCGAUGAGCCUGGAACGACGGAAGCUCAUUUGAUUGAGAUGCUGACGGCAGGUGGCUUCAACCACGACGACCAAUGGGGCCACCGAGCUGGCGAGCCUAACAAGGCCGUCAUCUGCAGUCUGGCCCUUGCUCGGCUGCGCAGCGACAUUCGAGGCAACGAAAUGGGCAGCAACGCCGUCGGCAUGGCGCAAAAGCUGCUCCUCUUCUGGCGGAAACCCGCUCGACGAUGCUGGUGGGAGGGCAUCGAGCUGGACAAUGUCGAAGGUGUCGAGGGCAAGCUCAAGGUCUGGAUCCGCCGAGUGUGGACGCUGGAGAUGAGCGUGAUUGGACUCCGCUGA